UUAAGUUUGAAUAAGUUUAGUUAUGAUAUAGUUCGAAUAUAUUUAUUCGAAUAUAUUUUUUCGAACUAAAAAAAAUCAAACUGUAAGACCAACACAACUACGCGAUGAGUUUGAGUAAACUUUUUGCUGGUAGGAAGAGGAAUAGUUCAGUAUGGAAAUGGUUUAAAUACGAUGCAUCAUCCGACAAAUCAGUAUGUUUAGUUUUACUUGAUGGUGAAAAAGUAUGCAAUACAAAGUUGUGUGGAAAGAACCCAACAAAUCUUAAACUACAUUUAGCAAGAAACCAUAAGUCUGUACACGUUGAGCUGGAAGAGUCGGAAUUAAAGAAAUUAAGUAAAAAAAAGCAAACAGGGAUAAAGAGAAAAGCAGUGGAUGAAAAUGGACCCACUCUUUUAGAAUCGUCCUCAAAUCAGAACCAGACCUUGAUUCAAUGCAUUAAUCGUAGGAAUACCGCAUGGCCUAUUAAUUCACACGAGCAUAAAAUUCGACUAAACUCUCUUAUUCAAAUGAUAAUUGCAACAUGUAAUGCAGUGACAUUGGUGGAUAAUGCGAGUUUUAGAAAGUUAGUUAAUACCUUGGAUUAUAAAUUUUCAUUGCCUGCUUCUGCCAAAAUUACUAGCCUACUUAAUGAAGAAUUUACUGUUUUAACGAGAAAACUUCGUGACUUCAUAUCUGAAGGCAGGCGCUUCACAAUAUGCCUUGAUGGCUGGACUAAAAAAGGUCUUACUGCGUCCUUUUUAGGAAUUUCGGUUUGUUUUUUUCAUUCAAAUCCGAAAAACCAAUACAUGCUCUGCUUAAUUUGUAUCUUGUGAAACAUCCACAUACAGGUGAACAAAUUGCUAAUUGUUUUGAAAAAUGCCUAAAAUAUUGGAAUAUUUCCAGAGAAAAAAUAUUGCUUGUUAUUUCGGACAAUGGAGCAAACAUGGUCAAAGGCAUAAAGUUGUCGAGAAUGAAAGCUCAAGCUGAACCUGCUAUACUUAUUGAAUUAGAAAGUGAGGUUAAUGAAGAGCAGAUAACAGAUCUGGAAGACGAUGAGAAUAUGACAAAUAGUGAAGAGUGGGAACAUGUUGACUUGAUAGUUGAUGUAAUAGAAAACGUAGCAUUUAGAAGAUUGGGAUGCAUUGCACAUGUUAUACAGCUAGUUGUAAAACUUGCAUAUGAUGGUAAAUAUCAUGGCUUACUUUUGAAGGUACGUGGAUUAGUGGGAAAAGUUCGCAAAUCUUCUGUUGCAUUGGAAAAAAUUAUCAACAAAUGUGGUAAGACUGUGAUCAGCGACUGUUCUACAAGAUGGAACAGCACUUACUUUAUGGUUCGGAGAUUUCUGGA